AUGCUGAUUUCGUCCACUAUGUCGGCGCCUCCUGACUUACUGCAGAACUAUACGACAUCAGCUCCAGAACCAGUUAUAAAUAUAUCAGAAGAAGCUGCUAAUCAAUUACUACAAUUUUUGAAAACGACAUACUCAUGGCUUAUCCCAAUUAUGAUUAUAAUUCUUCUGAUAGCCAUUUUUGGUAAUGGUGUUAUAGUACUCUCUUCUCCGUGGAUGUCAUCACCUGUCUCGCCAUAUUUGAAAUUAUGCAUCAGUUUAGCUGCAGCCGACAUGUGGGCAGCAUUUCUUUUAAUAACAGGCCUUAUUGUUAACUCGUAUAUGCCUGUUGUCUUGGGAUUCUCCACAAAAAGCAAUUGUUUGUUUGCUUGGCUAGAAAUGUUUCGAAUAUCAGGGAUGUUAACAUCAGAUCUGCAUUUAUUCGCAUUGGGAAUAAAUCAAUUUGUUGGAACGAAAUGGCCAUUGAAAUAUAAGAUUAUGGUAACAACGAGAAGAAUGCGUUACAUCAUUAUUGCUUUAUGGAUUGUUCCAUUAUUCUUCGUUUCUUCAUGGUUCAUGUCAAAUGAAUCAGAUGGUUUACGUCAUCCGGAAUGCCGUUUCGUGUUUUAUGAGAAAUUUCCAUUCCGGGUUACCAUUUUUCUAACAUUUAUGAUACCGCUAUUAGCCACUUUAUUCAUAUAUGGAAUGAUUCUCAUUAAUUUAUUGAAAGCCAAAGCCGAAUUUGAGAUGUGUACGACAGAGAGUCGAUUAACAAAUAAUAACUCAAGGCGCUCCAAUGUUCAUUCAAAAUUAAAGCUUGUAUGGACUACGCUACUCAUCGUAUCGACUUUUUCACUUAGUUGGGGACUGUGUGUGUUAUAUUUCGUUCUCGUGUGUAAGGAAGGCUGUGUUUUCACAUAUCUGGUGGAUGUAGACUUCUACUUGGGUUUAUUCCUUAGCUCAUCAGUGCAGAUGCUGGUGAUGCUAAAAUUAGCAUCGAAUCCUUUCAUCUAUACACUACGGAUCAAAGCAAUACGAGCCAGUGUCGACAGUUUAUUCAACGUCGUUUGCCGGAGGCGAACAUACCCGAGUCCCAAGGCUUCCAAAACAGGAGUAGCCUUACUCCAUAGCGGCUCAGCCAUUAACAACUCAGUGUGA